CUGCUCUAGGAGGAUUUAGAACCACUGACCUCUGUAUGGACAAUUCUGAUUGGCCCUGUGCUGGCCACAUGCACUCCCCCCCCCCUAAAAAAAAAAAAAAAGAAAAAAAAACCUUUCUAGCAAUACACACCAAACUGUGCAUGUGCAGAGUGACUCCACACAAUAUAUCUUAUAUAAGAUAACAGGGGGACAGUGAAAGAAGAUCAAACAACCUUUUUAAACAAUACAGAGGAUUAACCCCUUAGCUUCCUUUGAGAGUAUAACAAGCAUGCUUUACUGCAGAUACAGACUGAUUUUACUGUUGUGGGUUUAG